AUGUCAUUUCUUAUGAUAUUCCAGAUGACCGGCGGCGCAAUCAACUUGCAAAAGUGCUUAAAGGAUUCGGCACCCGUGUCCAAUACAGCGUAUUUGAAGCACAUCUGA